AUGGCUUCAACCGACAAUGCCACAUUCUUCGCCAAAGCAGACAAGUAUCUAAUGGCAACGGGCGUGCCACCCUCACCUGUUGUAAUCACUAAGGCCAAGGGCACCAGACUCUACGAUGCAGGCAAUAGACAGAUUCUCGACUUCACAUCGGGCCAGAUGAGCUCUCUCCUGGGCCAUUCCCACCCGGAGAUUGUCGCAGUCGUCCAGAAGUACAUCUCAGAGCUUGACCACCUUCUCAGCAACAUGAUCACGCACCCCGUCGUCGACCUCGCCGAACGGCUUGCUCGCUUGCUCCCCGCGCCUCUGGAGAAGUCCUUCUUUCUCAGUACCGGCUCCGAGUCCACGGAGGCUGCUAUCAAAAUGGCCAAGUACUACACGGGAAAGUACGAGAUCGUAGCUUUCGCCGCAAGCUACCACGGCCUGACGCAGGGCGCAGGUUCCGCUACGUAUUCGACCGGCCGGAGGAAUGGCGGGCCAUGUGUGCCUGGUCAGAUUGCUUUUCCUGCACCAUAUGCCUAUCGCUCGUAUUUCCGGAAGCCUAACGGAUCCUACGACUGGGAGGCCGAGAUGGACUUUGGCUGGGCCAUGGUUGAUCGGCAAAGCGUCGGCUCCCUGGCUGCCUUUAUCCUGGAGCCCAUUCUCUCGACGGGUGGUAUUCUGGAUCUUCCGCCGGGUUACCUUCGACGCCUCAGCGCCGAAUGCAAGAAGCGAGGCAUGCUCUUGAUCCUAGAUGAAGCCCAGACCGGCGUCGGUCGUACCGGUAAAAUGUUUGCCUUUGAGCACGACGGCGUCGUCCCUGAUAUCCUAGCCCUAUCUAAGACACUGGGUUGCGGUCUACCCCUGGCUUCGAUCAGCACUACUGCUGAUAUUGAGCGUGGAUGCAAGGAAGCCGGGUUCCUAUGGCUCACUACACAUCUCAACGACCCUCUAACAGCCGCCGUGGGUAAUAAGGUCCUCGAGAUCGUCGAGCGAGAUAACAUCUGCCAACACGCAGCGGAACGGGGUGCUCAACUACGCGCUGGUCUCCUCAAGCUGCAGGAGAAGCACUGGUGUAUCGGUGACGUCCGCGGCCGCGGGCUUUUGCAGGGUAUUGAAAUCAUCUCAGAUCCUGAAACAAAGGCUCCUGGUCCGGAUAUCGGGCAGGCGGUUUCGGACAGGGCAAUGCUCUGCGGUCUCUCGUGUAAUGUUGUCAGUUUGCCUGGCAUGGGUGGUGUUUUCCGUCUGGCGCCGCCGGUGACUGUUUCUGCUGAAGAAAUUGAAGAGGGUCUUCAAGUUCUGGAUGAGGCAUUUUCCUAUGUUCUUAACACGAAAACUGCGUAG